AGGGAGCGGCGGUGGGACCAACACGAGCCGACAGAAAACAUGGCGUUUGGAGAUGCCUGGAAACAAUUAUCUUGGUUUUAUUACCAGUAUUUGCUCGUAACAGCUCUGUAUAUGCUGGAGCCUUGGGAGAGGACUAUCUUCAAUUCUCUGCUUAUCUCAGUGGCAGCGAUGGCGGUCUACACCGGUUAUGUGUUCAUGCCGCAGCACAUUAUGGCUAUAUUACACUAUUUUGAAGUGGUCCAGUGACGACAGCCAGCAGGAUCAUCGUCAUCAUCAUCCUGCGCGCCACCGCCGUCUGUUGGCGGGAAAAUGAACUGCUCCAAAACUCCUCUCCACGUGAAAGAAAAUGAACACUUCAAACAUGGACACUUGUGUUUGCUGAAGGAGAACAACAGUAAACAGCACAGUCUGCCGCUGUAAUAGCACACACUGCCCUGUCUGCAAAUGUAUCCUUUUAUAAAUAAGAUAUAUAUAGGAUGACGACUUUGUUUUUAAAUAAUGCUUCAGUUUUGUUUCAUGACAGUGCUUUGUUCAGAUGAUUCUUAUUUUUUGAUGUGUAUAUUUAAUUGUAUACAUGUUUGUAAGAUUUUUAUAGAGGUUUAUUGACCUGAAAUGACGUGGUUUGAGUUAUCUCUGGUAUAGUUUUGGAUCUACUUUUGAUCAGAUUUGACAUUGUGAGUCAUGGACGGAUGUGUGACGCCAUUGUUGAUCAUUCAGAACCGGUUGCUCGGGUCAUAAACACACUUCAGUAAACUCCUUCUGUAAUCUACCUUGAUCUUCGAGCUCUGGAACAAUUAUUCAGCAGAUUCACUGUAAAAUCCUGAAGAGAAAAUAAGUCUUUUACUUUAUGGAGAAGAUUGUAAAUGGUAUGUAAACAUUAAUCUUGCCUCUAGUUAUGAAAAACAAGUUGUAUGUCUCAAUUAAAAUGUUGAAUCUAAAUUAUUUUAGUCUGUUCUUGACUUCUCAACUGAUUAACAUAGUUUUGUAAUAAAGAUUUUCUUUUACA